AUGAGGACGGAUGUAUUAAGCAGAAGAACCUUGGAUCCCACUCUGCAACAGCAAGGUAGUGGCCUUAAUGUGAUGUAUCCCUCAUACUUCGAUCAUCAGGGUAAGGACAAGUCUGAAGACAAACGACGAAUCAUCCAAGAAAAAGUGCUUGUGAAACAUCGAUAUGAACAGGAAAAACAGAAUUCAUUUGAAAGGCAUCUGGUCGACUCGGAACGCCGGAAAGGUCAGAGAAAAAUUCAUGGAAGCGAUCCCAAGAAUAUAAGUUUUGAUUUUCGGGACAGUUACCAGUUUGAAAAUCAUCGCCAUUACGGAACAGAGAGCGCCAGAGAACUUCAUACUUUUGAGCGGAUGUACGACCCGGAUGAAGAGGCAAGACGAAGUCAGAGUAGUUUCGGUCACCUUCAGUCCCCGAGGUCAGGGAGCUCCCAAGUGUACGAUCCCCAGGUCGAUCUUUAUGAAAAACUAAGCGCUUUGAAGGUUCCAAAGAUCAACACACAACGGGUACCGGGAUUCAGUAGUUAUGCCCAGAAAUUUCGCAAAGACAGUAUAAUGAGAUCGAAUAAUUCUAGUCGGUCAACAAUGUUAUCCAACAGUACUGUAAAUAGCAAUAUGUCCUCCAGAAACAACAGCGGACGGUCAAGAGACUUGAUAAGUCCCUCCCGCAUACCCCGGCGGCAGAGGGACAUCACUUCGGAAACUUCAUUGAAGUCUACUGAGAGUAGGGGCUUACAUUCCGUCGAUUCUUAUAACUCCCGGCAGGGUUCGAUUUAUUCUCCUCUGAAAACUAAUGAGCGAUACAACGAGUGGAAUGAUUAUUCGAUACCGGAAGGGGAUCUUCCGGAUCUAAUUGAUGGCGAGAUUCAAGAACUGCAGAAAACCAAAGGAGCGCUACAGGCCGCGAAAGGUGCACGAGGGACGAUCCAGGUUACUCUAAAGUCUGAUGAAAAAUCCAAAGACAAAGCCAAGCCCUCAAACAAUUCUAAAACUGGAAAUAAGAAAUCUAAGAAAGCUACGACGGAACAAAGCACGCCCAAAGAAAACGAAAAGAGUGUAAAUGAUGCUCAACACGAGGAAGUAGGUAGUUCCAAACAAAUUCAAAACUCACAGGACAUUGGUAACAUUAAACAUUCUCAUAAAGUAACUCGUGGUGUUGCUCAAACUAAAGAAACUGUUAACUUGCAAGAGUCUGUGAACGAUUCGAAGGUGCAAUAUAACCAGAAGAAAAGGCCAAACAAGUCAGAAACCAGAGAAAAGACGAAAGAGAAAAGUUCUAAAACACCGAACGACAACUUGACAGAGAGCGCGCGACCGUCGCAGACGACAAAAGAAAAGGGAAAAUCUGGAGAAAGUUCGAAAGUACCUGCACCAAACAAAGAUAAGUUGAACAAAAGUCAAGAUAUAGAAAAAGAAAUCGCUAAAGUCCAGGAGGACUAUCUCUCGCAUCGCGCCGCUAACAACAAACAGAAACAACAGUCAGAAAAGGCGACAACAUCGAACAACAAGGGCAAUACAACGAAACCUUCGAAACAACAACUUUCCACUGACUCAAAAACUAGUGCGGUCAAAACUGGCCAAAUCCCUGAGUAUAAAGGGGAAAAGACAAAAGCCAAGACGGGCGAUACAUCUAAAAAGGACAGCAACCAGGAGAAAGAAACGUCAGAUUCUAAACCAAAGAAGGGAAUUCUAAGGAAGACUAGUUCCUUUAAAGUGAUAGGAAACUCGGACCAGUAUUUCGGAUAUAUGUCGAUGACGGACGGUGUAGCAGGAGAGAAAAAGGAAGUGAAGCGCGUACGAUACCAUGCCGAUCACUACCCUGAAGUUCGCCCUAUAAGUGCGUGA